AUGGACGUCACACCGACCUCGAAGCGACAGCGAAGAAACAGUCCCGAUGCAACGCCCCGUCUCCAUCGCGAUGGCCUCCCGAGAUCGCCCACAGCAGCCUCCGUCUCCGACUCCAACGCCUCGUCUAAGCAGUCGCGCUCCUCGUCGCCGCUGAAGAAGCAAAUCAUGAGCCUCCAGCUCGACGACGCCGGCCUGGAGCUGCGUCCGCUCACCUUCGAAGCGCCGCCGAACCGCGAAGCCGCCCGUCUCCUGUCUCUCCUACGCGACAUCGGCAGCGGCCUCGAGUUCCUCCCCGACGACCGACGCGACGAGGUCCUCGACAGUCCCAUGGUCAAAGGCGCCGAGAUCCGCCCCUGGCGAUUCGCCUUCACCAGCGCCUCCCGAUUCGAGACACUCCCAGGUCGCUUCCCGUCGCCGGAAGAGGUAGCAUCCGUGUAUAAAUGGGCUGGAAACUGUAGUCAACUCGGACAUGAGGAAGCAGGAUGGAACCAGGAGGUGCACCAUCGCCUCUUGGAAGCCACUCUCAGGAGCUCCGGGGAAAGCACAGAAUCUCCCUUCGACUUUACUUCUUGUACCACUGCUCGGCUCCACCGGAGCUGGAUCCCGAGAUCGGCUGGACCCAAGAUGGUUGACUUUAGCAUCUAUUUAGCCCCGGGUUACAAAAAUGCUCCGUCUCCUCGGGCCCUUAAAGCCCUUUGUCGAAGAACAGCAACGCAGUCUGUCAAUCAUACUGACUUCAAGCGCCUCCAACUACGCCCCAUCGUCCUGAGCAUCGAGACUAAGAGUCCAGGGCAGCGGUUAGACACAGCAGAGGUGCAGAUGGGAAUUUGGCACGCGACCCAGUGGUCAUUCCUUCGCUCCGCCCUUCUCUUGGCUCCAGGACGCACGGAAGCACAGGCAGACGAAGCCUUGUCUCGGCUUCCACUUAUACCUGCCGUCAUCGUCCAGGGCCACAAAUGGCUCUUUGUCAUGUCGACGCGCGAAGGUCCAAAGACCAUCUUCUGGACCGAACGCCAGUUUGGAAGCACCCAGAGCAUUCUGGAGACCUACCAGACGGUCAUGGGUCUAAGGCAGCUGACUGCCUGGGCCGAGACAGUCUAUUUGCCGUGGUUUAAAGCCGAAGUUCUAACGCCGCUUGGAGGUGACGGGGAUGACGAGAAUAGCUGA